UUGCGAUGCGUAAAAAAAGUUAACUUUUUCUUGCGAAUAUUCAAACGAUAUUGCAUUUGAUAAAGUUUUGAUUUCACUUUUUAAGUUAAUUAUUUUUAAAAGAAGAGAAAAUUUGAAAUCAAACAAUGAUGGUGUUUUGUAGUCUUGUUUUAGGUCAAAUUUAAUAGCCGUUUCCUGCUGAGAUGUCAGAAAUGGAUGAGGUCAAUUCUGCAAUAAUUAUAGCUUUUUAGUCAAAUGGACUCUUACUAAAUAGAUGAGAAAUCUUUUCAGCUCUGUAAUUGUUGUCAACCAUGUCAGUUACAGUUCAGCAACUAUUGAGUGAUGCAAAGCGGCUUGUGACUCGGCUGAGGGAUCAUGAUAAUUCUGCGGACACACUGAUAUCGCAAGCUCAAACUCUUAAUAAUAACAUUGAAAACAUGAAACAGUACCAUGAAGAAGUAGAGAAACUGAACUCUUUAGCACAUCAGAGACCAAGGUCAGCUCUCAUCUUAAACAUUCAGCAAGAAAAUCGACAUAUUCGUGAAUUGCAGCAAGAAAAUCGUGAGUUGAGAGCUAUGCUUGAAGAACACCAAUCAGCUUUAGAACUCAUAAUGAAUAAAUAUAGGCAGCAAGUAAAGCGCAUUGCUGAGACUGCAAAAGCUGAGCAAGCAUGGGUUCAACAAGACUAUUCUCAAGACUUGCAGAAGAGGACUGAAAAAAUUGAAGAAAUGGUUGUUGUGAUGAAUAAAGCUGUGGAAAUUGAUGAAGAAAAUUUUACAAAAGAGCAAGAAAUACUGAAGCGGUUGAUUAAACAAAAUAAAUUAAUUAGAGAUGUAUUAGAACUGAACAAAGGACAGCGAAGUACAACUGCACAAAAUUCUGUUUCAGAAAGGGCAGAUGAAGGUGUACAAACUGAUUCGUGACGUACAUGGUUCACACCAAAGAACUUUAUUUGUAACUAUAUCUGUGUGCAUUAUAAGUGUGUUGUGAAAUAAUUUAUCUUCAUGAUAAUAUACUUUAGUUUACUGAGGUAGUUUUUUUAAGAGCUUGAAAAGGCAGUUUAAAUUAUUUCAGGUUUGCAACAUUUGCCUUAUUAUUUAAUUAUUUAUUACUCUUUGUGUAUUACAAAAUUUCAACAAUUGCUUUUACAUUUAUGUAUAAAAUUUUAGUCUUGGUUGUUUGUGAUAAGCACAUAUAUGUUUAUAGCUUCAUUUAAUGGUAGAUUUUCGCCUUCUCUCUUUUUUUUUUUUUUUUUUGUGUAUCAGCAUUUUUUGUUGCUGUGUUUUCCACAUUCUAAUAUCAGUUUCUAAUUUGUACUUUAAGGAUGCAUUUUUCUAAAGUAAGAAAAUAAGUGUUAGUAAUUCUUAUUUUCUCCUUAUUUUCUGUUAUGUUUGAUUAUAGUGUUAUCAUUUAAAAAAUUAUCGAGUACUUUGAAUGUGAAAAAAACAAAACAAAAUACUUAUGUUGUUAAAAUUUUAUUGUAUUGUGAUAAGAUAUAUAUAUGUCAUUGCUACUCAAGUGAUGACUUUAAAAUAUUUCUCAUUAUGUAGUUCAGUAUAAUAGUUAAAAUCACUGAUUACAAGUCAGCAGUUUGAUAUGUGAAGUUGGGUACACAUAUUGAUUAUAUAGUUCAAUUUUUAGACCGGCUCAUUUAGAUAAAUGUACUUUUCGUUUUAUUAGUUUUGAAGAAAUACUUGCACUUAACCCAUCCAAAAUAUUAUUUUAGACUUUGUGAAGUACUUCCCUUAACAAUUUAGUAUCAGAGAACAAUAUUUUAACAGAUAAAAGGUAAUUGCAUUUGCCAUUAAUGUAUCAGAAAAGCAAUUAAUGCUUGGGAAAUUACAAAUAUUUUUCAUUGUUUAAAAUUAGGAUUUAUUUGGAAGAUUGAAAUGAUUUCCAUACUUUUUUAAAAAGGUCUCUUGUAGUUCAAAUGCUUUUUUGUAAGUUCUAACAUGUCUAAGUAAAAUAAAAUUAUUUUUUCAAACAUGCUAAUACUAAACAUGCCCAUUGCCGAAAAUUGCAUGCAAUGUUUCAGGUUUUACACCAUUUUUUCAAAGUUAUUUUAACAUAAUCUACUCAAAAUCUGCAGGUUUUGUUUUUAAAUUUUAAUAUGAAUUACAAGAGGGGGCCCAAAAAAAAAAGGAAUUGCUUACUAUUCUCCAUUACAACCAAUGCCACUGUUUCACCAGUGCUUCCACUGUUCGAAAAUAUUUUUGAAGUCAUCUUUAGAAAUGUCUGACAGCUCCUUCCUUGUUUUUCUUCACCUCUUCAACGUUAUCAAAUCGAUGCACUUUCAUGUCCCUUUUCGAUCAUGGAAAUAAGAAAAAGUCACACGGAGCCAGGUCAUGUGGGUGAGGUGCGUGAGGCAGCACCUUACGACAAUUGACAUGUUUCCAGUCUACAUUUUUUUGAUUGUCAGUCAGAUUCCUAAGAACAAACUUGGCAGUAAACCAAAUCUUCAGAUAAUAUUCACUGAACUGAGCUAAAAGACACCCCCCACUUGUAGAGAAGAGAAAACAAAAUUUCACUGCACGUUGGUUGUUUAAACUUGCCAUCCCAAAAAAUGAAGCAACAACAUAACAUUUCCAACAAAAAAAAAAAUCGCUGCAGAUGAGCUUGACGAGCCAGAUGGAUAACACUAGGGGCAAUGAAUUGGCAAUGGGUCGCACUAUAUUCACCUGGGAGCAGCAAUGCUUUUCUGGUUAUUUUUGGGUCCCCCCUCGUGUUGGUAGUUUUAAAUGUGCCAUAACAGCUUAUUUUAUUAUAAAUUUUUUAAUUUUUUCAAAUGCAAUAAUUUUUUUUAUUAAUCAAUUUCAGCUUUUUUUUUCAAAGUAGCGUUUUUAUGCCUGUUUUAAUCCUGUUCUUUACUUUUUAAAAUGUUCACUAACUUUACAGCUCUGAAAGUAUUUUUUUGAACUUUAAAAAAAUAUAGUAUUAAUAUAGAUAAAUGUUAAUGUCUUAACCUGUGACUGUACUACCUGAAGGCAGGGUUUUAAAAUUAUAUUGCCCGACAUGCCCGGGACAUGUAAAAUUCUGAUAGGACGUGAAUCUUUUACCUUUAUAUGCCCGGCUGGGCAUGUAAUUAUUAUAUUUUUUUAAUUGAGGUAUUGGUAAUUUUAAUGGCGACUUAUUAUGUACUAUGUCUUUAAACUUCUAUUUCUGUGUUAUAUUGAAAUAAUUCUUGAUUCAGCUGUUAAAUUCUUUGUCUGAUUGAUGCUAUACGACAAAUUUAAAUAUUUUUGCUAUUAUACAAUAAAAAAAACUGAGCAUGUAAAACUUUUAUUCGGGCAUACAUGUUUUAGACACACAUGCCUGGCAGGGCAUGAAAAAUUUUCUAGUAAAUUUUUCUAGCCCUGCCUGAAGGUCAAGUUUUGUAAUUUUGUUCACACCAUUUUGUGCUUAUGUGCAUUGAAUUAUAGUAAAAUAUUGUAAAUAUACUGUGUAUAAAAAGGUGUAGAAGGUUGUUUUUUUUCUGUUGGAAAAUUCACAUGUAAAACUAUUUUGUUAAUUAAUCAACAUAGUAUUUGCAUAAAAUUUAAUUUAUUUUAUCUUUUCAAGUUGUUUGGAAAAUGAUUUUAUAGUGCUUCAAGUCCAUAAGUAUGAAAAUCGUAUAAUUUUUAUCUAUAAUGUAGCAAAUUAAAACCUAGAUGAAUGUGUUACUAUUUUUUUAGUAAUGACAUUUGCUUUUGAAUUUUUCAAGUUCUACAAUUUGACAAUCACACAACAUUUGUAAUAAGUGUUGCUUGUAUCAUUGUCCUGUUUUUCUUUGUGUGUGGGAGAAGUGGGAGGGGGUAUUUAUACCUUAUUCAAAAAUGUAUUAUCAAACAAAUGCAUCAAUUUUACUGCAACAAAACAGGAAUUUUGGUAGCAUUUUUUUAUCUUCAUAAAACUAAUUUUUUAAUGUACUUGAUAGAGUAUAUAAGAUAUACUAUAUAAAAGUUAAUUUUUUCUUAUAAGAAAACGUUUGUGAUAAUUGUUAUAAUUAUUUAAUAUGGCUUCAAUGCCUAUUGCCUAAUGUACAAGAAUACAAAUUUUACUAAAAUGAAAA